GGGUUGGCACGACCAGGUUUUAAAAGAUGAAAACAGGACGUGACAUUCACGAAACCCGCCCCACUCGAUUCUCAUUUCCUCUGACAAAAGCUGUUGUUCUCAUUACUCCCCUUUUAUUAUUUUAUUCUUUUUUCAAUUCCAUUUCCAUUUCUCACAUACUAUUCAAAAUCCCAUCUUAGAUUUCCUUCAAACAAUGACCAUUUCACCACAAAAAUGAAAGAUUUCCCGUCUUGUUUCGGUGAAAACGGCGUACAAGUCGCAGAUGCAUCCUGCACCAACGCAUCAGCGACCACAACCGUCACUAAAGCGUCACAAAAUCUCGUCACUAACGUUUACCAGACCAAAUUAGUCGGUAAAUCUCGUCUAAUCAUCGUCACUUGGUUUAAGAAUCUUGUGGGUCAUUGUUUUAGCGUCGAAAUUGACGAUCUGUCGGGUAAAAGUUUGUGUAAACUUGAUGUUAAACCCUCAAUAUUCUCCAAACGAAAAGGGUCAAAGUCAGUUGAAGUUGAUUUUGUUACAAUCGAUGUGUACUGGGACCUUACCAGUUGUAAAUUCGGAUCCGGACCCGAACCCAUUGAGGGUUUCUACAUGGGUAUUGUUUGUAAAGACGACGUCGUUUUGUUGAUUGGGGAUCUGAAGAAAGAUGUGUUCAAGAAAACCAAAUGUUUAUCCAAUUCAAUGCGGUUGUUGAAAAGGGAACAUGUUUUUGGUAAAAAUGUGUUUGGGACUAAAGUUCAGUUUAAAGAUCAUGGUCAGAUCCAUGAUCUUAGAAUUGAAUGCGAAGCAUUCGGGCCCGGGCCCGAUGAACCAUGCCUUGUGGUUCGAUUAGAUUCGAAGAUAGUGAUGCAAGUGCAGCAUUUGGUGUGGAAGUUUAGGGGGAACUGUACCGUUUCAGUUGAUGGGCUCCCUGUGGAAGUGUAUUGGGAUGUGCAUAAUUGGUUGUUUGGGUCAUCAACUGGAAGCGCGGUUUUUAUGUUUCAAACGUGUCCGGGUUUUGAGAAAAGUGGCGCGUUUGCUGUGGAUCGGGCGAUGGUUAACCCGUGGUCGUGUUCGCAGAGUUCGGGUUUUUGUUUGACACUUUAUGCUUGGAAGAGUGAAUGAGUGAGAAUUUGAUUUGUUUCAAUCUUUUGGUUACUGAUUUUGUGUUAAGUUUAUUAUACACCCUGAUUAUAUUUGAUCUUUGCAAUCUUGAUCUUGAUUAUGAAUACUAAUUAUCUACAUUGUUAUUGUUUAUAUGUCA